AUGAUCAUCAAGGUUCUGGAAGUCGAUAAUCGCACUGCAACAACACAUUUCAUUCUUCUGGGAUUCUCAACACGACCAGCCUUCCAGGUCCUGCUCUUCUUCAUCUUUCUGCUGACUUACCUGCUGACACUGGUAGAGAAUCUUCUCAUCAUCCUGGCUAUCUGCAGUGAUGGACAGUUGCACAAACCCAUGUACUUCUUUCUGAGCCACCUCUCUUUCCUGGAGAUGUGGUAUGUCACUGUCAUCAGUCCCAAGAUGCUCAUAGACUUCCUCAACCGAGACAAGAGCAUCUCCUUCAAUGGCUGCAUGACACAACUUUACUUCUUUGUGACCUUUGUCUGCACUGAGUACAUACUCCUUGCUGUCAUGGCCUUUGACCGCUAUGUAGCCAUUUGCAAUCCACUACGCUACCCUGUCAUUAUGACCAACAAGCUCUGUGGAGUGCUGGCUGGCAGCUGCUGGUUCUGUGGGCUCAUCACUGCCAUGAUUAAGAUGGUUUUCAUAGCUCAGCUCCACUACUGUGGCACACCACAUAUCAACCACUACUUUUGUGAUAUCUCUCCACUCCUCAAUGUCUCCUGUGAGGACUCCUCACAGGCUGAACUGGUAGACUUCUUCUUGGCCCUCAUGGUCAUUGCUGUCCCCCUUUGUGUGGUAGUAGCAUCUUAUGCCACCAUCCUGGUCACCAUCCUCAAAAUCCCAUCUGCUCAAGGUCGUCAAAAGGCAUUCUCCACUUGUGCCUCUCACCUCACAGUUGUAACUCUCUUUUACUCCACAACCCUCUUCACCUAUGCCCGUCCCAAGCUCAUGUAUGCCUACAAUUCAAACAAAGUUGUGUCUGUUCUCUACACUGUCAUUGUUCCACUCCUCAACCCCAUCAUUUACUGUCUGAGGAACCGCGAUGUAAAAGCAGCCCUCAAAAAGACUAUGCUUUGCAACAGAAGUGGACCUGGUGGAGAUGGAGAUUUCAGUGGUUAA